AUGUAUCAAAUAGUUGCAAAAAUGUUUUUAACGGAGUGCCAGUGCGCGGCGGAGAGCCCCAAAAUAUACGAGGAGCUCUUUGCCAAACUCGACGCAAACAAGGAUGGGAAAGUGGAUGUGUCGGAACUGAAGGCAGGCCUGGCUGCAAUGGGCAUCCGUACCAGGAAAGGAGCGGCUCAGAAAAUCAUUUCCUCUGGAGACCAAGACCAAGACGAAGGACUCGACUUCAACGAAUUCUCCAAGUACCUGAAGGAACACGAGAAGAAGUUACAACUGACCUUCAAGAGCUUAGACAAAAACAAUGAUGGUCAAAUUGACUGCAUGGAGAUCAAGCAGGCCCUCGCAGAUAUCGGGCUGGACGUCGGCAAGGACGAAGCGGAGAAGAUUCUUAAGAGUAUUGACGUCGAUGGCACGAUGACUGUGGACUGGAAUGAAUGGAGGAAACAUUUCCUGUUGACCACAGCCACCAACCUUGAGGAGGUUGUCCGAUAUUGGAAACACACUACGGUGCUGGACAUAGGCGACAGCCUGACCAUCCCAGAUGAAUUUACAGAAGAGGAGAAGACGACAGGUUUGUGGUGGAAGCAGCUGUCUGCGGGGGCCAUGGCGGGGGCAGUGUCCCGUACGGGUACCGCCCCCCUGGACAGAAUGAAGGUCUUCAUGCAGGUCCAUGCGUCAAAGAGCAACAACAUCAACCUGGUGGAUGGCUUCAAGCAAAUGUUGAAGGAAGGAGGCUUGGCGUCUUUAUGGCGAGGAAAUGGUAUUAACGUCCUCAAGAUCGCCCCAGAAACCGCCAUUAAAUUCAUGGCCUACGAAAAGUACAAGAAGAUGCUGUCCAGCGAACCAGGCAAGAUCAAGGCGCACGAGAGAUUCAUUGCGGGAUCGCUUGCUGGAGCAACGGCCCAAACGGCCAUCUACCCUAUGGAGGUGAUGAAGACCAGGCUAACCCUGAGGAAGACGGGCCAAUACUCGGGAAUGGCGGACUGCGCCAAACAAAUCUUCAAAAGAGAAGGCCUGAAGGCAUUCUACAAGGGCUAUCUUCCUAAUAUUCUGGGCAUCAUUCCCUAUGCUGGGAUCGAUCUGGCUGUUUAUGAGAGCUUGAAGAACUUGUGGUUGUCCCGCUAUGGCAAAAACACAGCCAACCCGGGUGUGUUGGUGCUGCUGGGCUGCGGCACCCUCUCCAGUACUUGUGGCCAGCUGGCCAGCUACCCCUUGGCUCUGGUCCGUACCAGGAUGCAGGCUCAAGCCUCUGUGGAGGGUGCGCGACAAUUGCAGAUGAAAGAGAUGGUGAAGACGAUUUUGGAGAAAGAAGGAUUCUUUGGACUUUACCGCGGCAUCUUGCCCAACUUCAUGAAGGUGCUGCCAGCUGUCAGUAUCAGCUACGUGGUGUACGAAUAUAUGCGCUCGGGCCUCGGUAUACAGAAGUAGGACAAGAGACGAUGAUUGAUUAUCCGCAAAUGGACACCCCACUUUCUUCAUAUUGUCAUACCUUUCUCCAAUUCUGGCUCGCUAUUCAGUCGGGGUUCCAACCCAGACUCCGGGCAAAGCACGGCUGAGUUUCAAAUGUUAGUUGAUGAUACGUAUUUGUUGGUCAUCAAUCAGGACCGUCUCGAAAAUCAUUGUGCCUAAAGUAUUUUUUCCCCCUACACGAGUUUGCCUUUCUCUCCCUUACUUGGUAGAUGUUUACGUCAACAAAUAAACACAGGAAUAAAAACAGUUCAGUACA